AGUUGACUGGUAAUGCAAUGAAGAUCUUAUGGUCAAUGAGAUCUAUCUGCUUAUGAACUUGAAGAGGAAUAUUCAUAUUAAUGCGCAUGUGCAUGUGCAUGUACAUGAUUGAAGAGGAUGAGUAACAAGGAGCGAGUUCCAUCUUUAAUAUGCUUCUAUAUUCUGUUUUGGACAUUUUUGGUUCAUCACAUGGUGCUCAGGGUUUCUGGAAAUGCAGAAGGUGAUGCCCUUACAGUAUUCAAGAACAAAGUGAUAGAUCCUAUUGGUGCUCUUAGUAAUUGGAAUCCUAAUAUUUUAACUCCUUGCACAUGGUUUCAUGUUGUUUGCAACGGUGAAAAUAGCGUAACCCAUUUGUAUCUUGGAAAUUCAGAACUUUCGGGUCAACUUGUUCCAGAGCUUGGCCAGCUCCCAAAUUUGGAAUCUCUGGAACUUCAUAACAAUAAUAUAACUGGGGAGAUCCCAAAUGUGCUUGGAAAUUUGACAAACUUGAUGAGUUUGGAUCUUUACUCGAACAACAUUACUGGUCAAAUUCCAGAAGAAUUAGGCAAUCUUAAAAAACUACAAUCCCUGCGCCUCAACAAAAACAGCUUGUCAGGAAAGAUUCCUAUGGGUUUGACCGAUAUUAGUACACUGAUGGUUCUUGACUUAUCGUACAACAACUUAACAGGGAUUGUCCCAGCCAAUGGUUCAUUUUCACGUUUUACUCCCAUCAGUUUUAGCAAUAAUACUUACUUGGUGCAAGCCAUUCCAAUUUCACCACCCGCCACACAUAAACAAAAUCCUUCAGGUAAUAGUUUCAGAUCUAUUGGAGUCAUUGCUGGAGGAGUUGCUGUAGGCGCUGCACUGUUGUUUGCAGCUCCAGUAAUUGCAUUUGUUUACUGCAAAAGAAGGAAGCCACCAGAUUAUUUCUUUGACGUUGCAGCUGAGGAGGACCCUGAAGUUAACUUUGGUCAACUUAAAAGGUUUUCACUGCAUGAACUGCUAGUUGCAACAGAUGGUUUUAAUAACAAAAACAUUAUUGGUAAAGGUGGAUUUGGCAAGGUUUAUAAAGGACGCUUAACAAAUGGUGAUCUAGUUGCAGUAAAAAGACUUAACCAAGAACGUAUCCGGAGUGAGGAGAAACAAUUUCAAACAGAAGUGGAAAUGAUCAGCUUGGCUGUGCAUCGAAAUUUGCUUCGCCUGAUUGGUUUUUGUAUGACAACUACUGAAAGAUUGCUUGUGUAUCCUUUCAUGGUUAAUGGAAGUGUAGAUUCAUGUUUACGAGAUCGACCAGAAUCACAACCACCACUUCAAUGGCCAGUUCGGAAGCGUAUUGCUCUGGGAGCAGCUAAGGGGCUUGCUUAUCUGCAUGAUCAUUGUGACCCGAAGAUUAUUCAUCGUGAUAUCAAAGCUGCUAAUAUAUUAUUGGAUGAGGACUUUGAAGCGGUUGUUGGAGAUUUUGGUUUAGCAAAGCUUAUGGAUUACAGAAAUACUCAUGUUACUACUGCUGUACGUGGGACACUUGGCCAUAUACCACCAGAGUAUCUUUCAACUGGAAAGUCUUCAGAGAAGACUGAUGUUUUUGGAUAUGGCGUGAUGCUUCUUGAGAUAAUAACUGGACAGAGGGCUUUCAAUUUAGCCCGACUUGCCAUUAGUGAUGAGGUUAUGUUGCUUGAAUGGGUGAAAGCACUUCUGAAGGAGCAGAAGUUAGAGACACUGGUGGAUGAAGAUUUACAGGGAGAUUAUGAUGAGGGGGAACUAGAGAAGUUAAUUCAAAUAGCUUUGCUGUGCACACAAAGUUCCCCUUUGGAUAGACCAAAGAUGUCUGAGGUGGUGAGAAUGGUAGAAGGGCAAGGUUUGGAAGAAAAGUGGGACCAAUGGGGGAAGAAAGAGGAUAUGAUCCAAAAAAAUUACAACCCCUUCAAUCUCUACGUUGGUUACGACUCAACUUCAAAUAUUCAACCAGAUGAACUGUCUGGUCCUAGAUGAUCUUUGAAGAAACAAAUAGUUACUCAAAGCUCCAAAAUGUUGGCUUAGUGCACCGGUGGUGAAUUGUAGUUCGUGUCUAAAUAUUCCUUAGCUUUGAUCAUUGUUACUUCACUGCAUGCUCACUGAGCGUUCCUCCUACAUUUUGAAAAGGUUCUUCACCUGACACUAGUCAUUGUGGGUUGUAGAAUAUAUUCAUGCUUGUUGUUUA